GCCCAUCGGGAUAGCCGACACACCUAAAUGGGCCGGAUUGGGCUGCAUUAUAGAAACGCAAAUUUCAUUCGCGCCGCGGUUCCCAAUCUCAUGGAAGAGAUGAAUCCCACGUAAACUUGCCUGAUAUAAGGCUGUAUGUCGCCGCUUCCUUCGGACAAAGAAAAACAGACUGCCCAUCUUCUACCUCCAUCAUUUUGUAACAUCAAAUAUCACAACAGCAAUUCAAAAUUCCGAAAUCGCGGCUAAUAUAUACAAGAGCGCGAGAUGAUAUGACGUCGUUUAAGGACAUUGGGAGGAUCGUGAAUGGCCUCUCUCUGGUUGCUAAAGAAGUCGCCAAACGCUCGAAAUCUCUCGACGCCGCCGCAACUGGAGAUUUCCAAACCCUAUUUACCUCGACAGCCAAGAAAGCAAUAGUCUCCGUCACCGAUUUAUCAGGCCUUACUAAAGGAAAUGUCCGCGAGUUUACGCCUCCUAAGCCCAAAGAAUCCGUUGUUUUCUUUGACCAUUCUGAUGACGUGCCAGAGCCCAGCCCAGUUCAAUCAAGUUCGAUAAAUGUUGUUGAAAAUAACAAUACUGCCAAAAUUGAUACCGCAGUUGUUGAAGAGAAGGUUCUUUAUGAUCAUGAUAAUAUUAAUCAGGAUUCAAAGGAUGAAGUUGCUGAUUUAGAGAAGGAAUGUGAGGAUCGCAGCAAUCCGGGUGGCGAAGAAAUGGCCGCGGCGGCUGUGGCGGCGGCCCCGAUGACUGAAGUGAAGAGAAGGAAGCCGAGGGAGAGAAGAGUUCCUUCGACGCCGUUUACCAGGGCGCUUGGGUUUGCUGGUCUAGGAGCUGGGCUAGCAUGGGGAACGUUUCAGGAAUCAGCAAGGAGGUUGGUGUAUGGUGCCCCAAAUUCACAAGACAAGCAAUCUGCUCUCUCCCCAUUUUUGUCUGAAAGAAAUGCAGAACGUUUGGCCCUGGCAUUAUGCAGAAUGCGUGGAGCUGCACUUAAACUAGGACAGAUGCUUAGCAUACAGGAUGAAUCUCUUGUUCCUGCUCCGAUCUUGGCUGCUUUGGAUAUCGUCCGUCAAGGUGCUGAUGUGAUGCCAAGGAGCCAACUCAAUCAAGUUUUGGAUGCUGAAUUGGGUCCAGACUGGUCAACCAAGUUAACUAGUUUCGAUUAUGAACCACUUGCUGCCGCAAGUAUAGGCCAGGUGCACCGAGCAGUUACAAAGGAUGGUAUGCAGGUUGCAAUGAAAAUUCAGUACCCCGGUGUUGCCAAUAGCAUUAAUAGUGAUGUUGAUAAUGUGAAACUUCUCUUAGAUUAUACAAAUCUAAUUCCAAAAGGACUGUUUCUUGACAGGGCUAUGAAGGUGGCAAAGGAAGAAUUAUCUCGUGAAUGUGACUAUGAGUUGGAAGCAAUCAACCAGAAACAGUUCUGUAAGCUACUAUCUGGUGUUAAGGGGUUCUAUGUUCCAAUGGUUGUAGAUAAGCUUUCAUGCAACCGAGUUUUGACUACAGAACUUGUUUCUGGAAUUCCAAUUGAUAAGGUGGCUUUACUGAACCAAGAGACUCGUAAUUAUGUCGGGACAAAGUUGUUAGAACUCACAUUGAUGGAGUUAUUUGUGUUCCGAUUUAUGCAGACUGAUCCUAAUUGGAGCAACUUCUUGUAUGAUGAGGCCACAGAAACUGUGAAUCUCAUUGACUUUGGAGCAGCUCGGGCUUAUCCUAAAAGUUUUGUGGAUGACUAUUUAAGAAUGGUUGUAGCAUGUGCGAAUGGUGAGAGGGAUGCAGUGAUUGAGAUGUCAAGAAGACUUGGGUUUCUUACAGGAAUGGAAUCGGAGAUAAUGCUGGACGCUCACAUUCAAGCUGGUUUCAUUGUGGGACUGCCAUUCUCUAAGCCUGGUGGAUUUGAUUUCGGAUCUACUAAUAUAACCCAGAGUGUUACAAACCUUGGGGCUACAAUGCUGAGACACAGGCUGACACCACCACCGGAAGAGUCUUACAGCCUUCACAGGAAGCUUUCAGGUGCAUUUUUGGCUUGCAUCAAACUUGGGGCAGUUGUACCAUGUAGGCAGUUGUUGCUUGAUGUCUAUGAAAAUUAUGAGUUUGGUGAAAAUGAUGCUAAUGAGAUGUUAUCAAGUGGCUCAGUUUCUUGAUAGGAUUUUUAAUUUUUCUUGAAUGUUACAAUUCUUUUACGAGUAAUAAUGUGCAGGAUGAGAUUGCCAUCCGAUUGCCGUAGUCAAAUUUGCCCCAUCUGAAUGUAAUAACUUGAUUCUUUGGCCACAAUAUUAGAUAAUUGUAUAUUAGGUACUUGUAACAUUAUCUUACAGCAUGCAGUGGCUGUAGCUGUGAAUUUUAUUCCCUAUUUAGGCCCUCUUACUUGUAAUUGUUGUUCCUGAAUUCUGCAACAUUCUACUGCCAAUAUGAUUUUGUUCCAUGGGAUCACAGCCAUACUUA